UUCUGCUAGAGAGCUUUGAGAUAAAUUCGUGCUCAGAGUUUCUGGGAACAUAAUUGUUGUCCUUAAAGCAGGCUUGCUAGAAACAUCUACAGUCUAAGGAAAAUCACAAAAUGACUUCAGAUAAAAAUAUUGCGGAAACCGCUGGUGAGCAGGGGAAGUCAAAGAAAGCAGCAAAGAAAGAGGCAAAGGAAGCUGCAAAAGCUGCAAAAAAAGAAGAAAAGAAAGCAGCAAUUGAUGUAGCUUCAGUGGAGGAGGUGGACUAUUCCUCUGGCUGUUACGGUAAUGCUGUUAUGAACCAAAGUCAAGAAAAGCUGGAACUAUCUACCAUAAGAGUUGAGGACAUUGGAUUGUCUCUCAUUGAAUCAAAAAUCUGGGCUAGAGGUAGACUACACACCAGCAGAGCCAAAGGAAAACAAUGCUUCUUCUUGCUUCGUCAGCAGCAGUCAACUGUGCAGUGCCUUUUGGCUGUGUCGGAGUCUAUCAGUAAAGCAUUUGUUAAAUUUACUGCUGGCAUCACCAAAGAAUCAGUUAUUGAUGUUGAGGGGAUUGUCCGUUCUGUCCCACAGAAGAUUGAAGGAGCAACACAGCAAGAUGUAGAACUUCAUGUAAUCCAACUAUGGGUUGUUAGUGCUGCUGAACCGCGGCUCCCUCUUCAGAUCGAAGAUGCUUCUCGCCCUGAAGAAGACAAAGAAGGAGAACUAGCCAUAAGAGUUAACCAGGAAACACGGCUAGAUAACCGUGUAUUAGAUUUGCGCACACCUACAAAUCAGGCGAUAUUUCGAAUUCAAGCUGCUGUUUGCCGACUUUUCCGUGAGGCGCUUGAUCAACGGAAAUUUGUAGAGAUCCACACACCAAAAAUUAUUUCGGCAGCCAGUGAAGGAGGUGCCAAUGUUUUCACCGUCUCGUACUUCAAAGGCUCUGCUUAUUUGGCGCAGUCCCCACAACUAUACAAACAAAUGGCCAUUGCUGCCGAUUUUGAAAAAGUUUACACUAUUGGAGCUGUCUUUCGAGCGGAAGACAGCAAUACUCAUCGUCACUUGACAGAAUUUGUCGGACUGGAUUUAGAAAUGGCUUUCCAUUCUCACUAUCACGAAGUGUUAGACACUAUUGGCGUCGUUUUGACCGAAGUUUUCCGUGGUCUCCAAAAACAAUGUAUGCAGGAAAUUGCAACUGUUAAUCGUCAAUUUCCGUCAGAACCGUUUACCUUUCUGGAUCCUCCAUUGCGCCUAGAGUUUCCAGAAGGAGUUGAGAUGCUUCGCCAGGCAGGAGAACAAAUUGGCGACGAGGACGAUUUAAGUACACCCAUGGAGAAAUUGUUGGGCAGAUUAGUGAAAGCCAAAUACGGAACCGAUUUCUAUAUUCUGGACAAAUAUCCGCUAGCCGUUCGUCCGUUCUACACGAUGCCGGAUCCUAAGAAUAAGAAAUAUUCGAAUUCUUACGACAUUUUUAUGCGUGGAGAAGAAAUAAUGUCUGGAGCUCAGCGUAUUCACGAUCCCGAAUUCCUGUCGGAGCGAGCCAGACACCAUAACAUUGAUUUAUCAAAAAUUAAGGCUUACAUCGACUCUUUCCGCUACGGGUGCCCACCGCACGCCGGUGGUGGUAUUGGCAUGGAACGUGUAGCUAUGCUCUUCUUGGGAUUGGAUAACAUUCGGAAAACGUCCAUGUUUCCCCGUGACCCAAAAAGAAUCACCCCUUGAUUUGGUUUGUUUUUGCCAUUAUCCAAGGAAACACACCAAAAAGCUUACUGCGAUUGGUACAGUUUCUUCCCGUUGGAUAAACAUGCCUGCAUGGUUUUGUUAAUGCGGCAAUACAGUAUGACUAAAUUCACUUUA